GCAUUUGCAAACAAGUCUCUGAGUGGAUCACAGGCUCUCCUGCGCUCAUUUCAGCGCUCGCGCACGGACGCACAGGCUUGAGUGGAGUAUCAGCGAGAGGAGCCCAGGGGGAGAACUGCACCUGUCCCACGCGCGCGGAGGAUCCCACGGCUCGUCCUUAUGUGUGGAUGGGAUCAAAGUUACAUGGCGACCUCUCAUAGCUCGGCCACAUUGACCAGUGAGGGGGCACACACCAUGGAGCAAGAGGACACACACCCCAAGAUGGCCUCCACAGCCACCAGCAUGCUGUCAGACGGAGCUGAGACGUUGACCGACACGGACGUCGACGUGGAGAUGGAGGAGACAGACAUGAGCACAUGGACCGACACAGAGUUUGAGAAGAAGUGCACGUACAUCGUCCAAGACACGCCGUGGGAGGCGGCCCCAGAUGGCGAUGGCAUGAUGACGACAACAAGAGCGGAGGUGUCGCUGCCGCGAAAUCUUGCCUUCAAACACAAGGCUGGCAGCAAAGAGGUGGUCGGCGUGUGCAGCAGAGAAUACAUCCCCCAAGGAACGCGCUUCGGCCCUCUGGUGGGCGAGAUCUACACGGCCGACAGCGUACCCAAAGACGCCAACCGCAAAUACUUCUGGAGGAUCUAUGCAGACGGUGAUUUUCACCAUUUUGUGGACGGCCUGGAUGAGACUCGGUCCAACUGGAUGCGCUACGUGAACCCGGCUCGCUCCGCCGCAGAGCAGAACCUGGCAGCGUGCCAGAACGGCAUGGAGAUAUACUUCUACACGGUGAAGCCUGUCCCUGCCGGUGCCGAGCUGCUGGUGUGGUACUGCCACGAGUUUGCCCGCCGCCUGCGGUACCCGUCCUCAGGGGAGCUGAUGAUGCAGAAGCUCAAGGAGUCACUUUUAGAGGGCAAGCACCAUAAGUUGAGCAGCGAGGAGCAUUUAGAUGAAGCAUCCAGCCCAUCUCCUGUCAGGGUUACCCCAAAGCCACCAAAGAGGGAGCACAGCGUCCUUUCCAUUCUGCGUGGCACCAACAGCACCUCGUCUGGGUCCAGCAAGAGGGAGCCCAGCCGGCCGCUUGUCACCCGCCCUCUUUGUGCUGACAGCCCAGAGCGGCCCCUGUACCCCCGUGCUCUUUACCCGGCUAUCAGGCCCCACCCACACAUGUCAGAUGACUUCCUCAGUCACAAACCCAGCAACCUCGGCUACCCUUCAACUCACUCCCCUGGAAACCAGUCUUCAGCUACACCUAGUCCAUCUGCAAGGAGCAGUCCAGACAGCACCCCACAGGGGAGCCCCUGUGGUCCUGCCCCAUCCCCUGCGUCAUUUUACCCUACCGGACUCGGUUCCUACCCUGGAUACUCACCACCAUCUGCCCCCCUCUCCACACAAUUUUAUUCUCCAGCAAGCCCCUACCCACGGUACCUCCUACCACAUCACUACCCUCUUUCUGGUGGUGGUGUUCCUACAGUUGGAGGGAUGAUUCCUAGAAUGUACCCUCUCUUGCACCCUCAUGUGCCCCUCUUGCCCUCUGACCCAGGAAGGCACUUCUUAAUGCCGGAACCUAUGCACCCCUCUUCCUUUUCUUCCCACAGAGACCUCUUUCUACCUGGGUCCACCAGUGCCUUCACUAUCAAAACUCCCCUGAUAGACAGAGCAGGGCCUCACAACCCUUAUUCUGGACUCCUUAACCCACACGGACCGGCCCGAACCCCCUCAAGUGGCUCCCCAACUGCGGGCACUGCACCUCCCAGCGAGCAGGUGCCCACAAAGCCUACCUCAGCCCUACUGGGCAACACCAGCGAACAUCGUACUGAUGAAGAGGCCAUUAACCUGACAAAGGUGAAGCGGGGAGCCGGCUCUGCAGGCUACAAGGCGCUGCCUUACCCUCUAAAGAAGCAGAACGGCAAAAUCAAAUACGAGUGCAACGUGUGCAGUAAGACCUUCGGGCAACUGUCAAACCUGAAGGUUCAUCUACGUGUGCACAGUGGAGAAAGACCAUUUAAAUGUCAGACCUGCAGCAAAGGGUUCACUCAGCUUGCUCACCUGCAAAAACACUACUUGGUCCACACUGGGGAGAAGCCACAUGAAUGUCAGGUUUGUCACAAGCGCUUCAGCAGCACCAGCAACCUGAAAACUCACCUGCGUCUCCACUCAGGGGAAAAGCCUUACCACUGCAAACUAUGCCCGGCAAAGUUCACCCAGUUCGUCCACCUCAAGCUCCACAAGCGCUUGCACUCCCGUGAGCGUCCCCACAAAUGCCCGCACUGCCAUCGCCACUACAUCCACCUGUGCAGCCUGCGACUUCACCUGAAGGGUUACUGCCUGGCAGUAAACUCUGGCUCUCGCAGUCCGACUGUUUCCAGCCAGGCUGCUUUGGAAGAAAUGCAUCGCGCCAAUGAAGAGAUAGAGCGCUUUGAUAUCAGCGAGCAUGCGGAGCGGCUGGACCAGCUUCCAGGUGGGGCGGAGAUAGACACCAUGUUGGAGAAACAAGUGCUGGGGAUGCUGUGGAGAGACACUGAGAUGAAGUCUCUCCACUUUCACCCCCAUCACAAAGGCGGCUCCACCGAGCUUUUGUCUUCAGGCUACGGUUCGUACGAGUCUGCAAAAGAGACCUCUGUCAUCAAAAUGCGGCGCAGCAGCCCCGACUCCUCACUUCCUGUUGGCGUCACUGUCAAGCAGGAGUCAGACGAUCAUGCCUAAAGGACUUCAUGAGCAUUCAGGUCUGCUCGACGGGGCUUGUUGCCAGGAGCAACAACUGUAAAUAGAUAUUUACCUUAGAUGUCAUCAGGAGUGACACCAGAACUAUGGCAGGUUUUUUAAAUCUAUCAGGGACUCAUGAACUCAGGGCUGCAAGAGACACUGUCCCAUGACUACUUUGAGUGUCUAUCAGUUUUAGACAAUCAUAUAAAAAGGACUGACUUUUAGUGUAAUUAAUAUAAUUUUGCUAUUCUUUUGUGGUUUUGUCUUUUUUAUUGUCUUUAUUUCUUUGAUUACCCAGUUUGACCAUAUUCUAAUUUAUUAUGCGUUUCGUUUGUUUUCAAAAGCAAUAAGUGGAUGGGACUGUAACACUGAUAGGGGGAAAACCCUGUAAGAACAUAGAUGCUUGGGUUUGCUUUGUUGCCAUUUCACCGCACAUAGUCCCUUUUUAUUUGUCAGUUGAAGUCCAGUGGCCUCUGAUCAGCAGAAACGGGGGCGUCCACUUUUCAGGGUCUUACUUAUUUAUGUUCAGGAGUCAAAGUAGCAGUUUAAAAGUGGGAAAAACUUGCCAAAGUACGGCACAUGUUCAUUUGAAGAGCUGACUUUUGUUGUAGCUCUCCUUAAGCCCUUUUUUUGUUCUUUUUCUGAUGACUGAUUUAUUUAAUGAAACAGAAAAGGGCAUUUUUUUGUAUACUUUACAACAAUUACCUCAGUGUGGAUGUGAUGAUGUGAUUGUGUGUUUCAAGGGACAGCUGAAGGUGGGAGUUUUCUAUUUAUUGAUGUUUUUGCUACUAAAAAGGGAAAAACAGAACUGUUCUUCAUGUGGUCCAAAAAGAAGUGGCAAAUCCCACUUAACAUGUAGCACAUAACGAACUUGGGACUUAAGGGAUGCCCCCUCCAGCCUCCCGGCCCGCCUCCUCUUGUCCCUCUUUUUUUUUUUUUUUUACUUUUUUGUUCUUUUUCUAUGACACUGUUAUUGCCCAGCAGGGAUGUGAAUGGGUUUGGGUAAUGAUGAAUUAAAUAUAUAAAUAGGUGAUGAUGAAACCAAAACUGAAAUGCACAACAAAAUGUUUGAAAAAUGAAAAAGGUGGACAAAAGAAGAAGGAUUUAAGGGAUAAAAAUGUUGAAGAAAAGAUGUACUUUUUGUGUAUAAAAUGUUGGCUUUUUUAGGUCUUUUGAGUAUGUUUUUUGUUGUACGGUUGUUCUGAAUUGUUAUGGUUUAGUUGUAGAACAGUAGCAUCUUCUUAAGCCCCGCCCAUCCGCUGCCUUGUUAAGAACAUUAGAGCACCUCAACUUUCUUUUAUGCACUGACUCCCUUCUUCUUACUUCACUGUGUCCAAAAUUCACAAAACAGGUCAAACUGCAUUAAGGCCCCAUCUGAUGUUACUACAAAUGUAAUUUUUUUUCUAUAGCAGCUCAGCAACUUCAGCUGAAACUCUGAAGCUUUAAGUCUUUCUUCUAUGUUUUCUAAUAUUCAACCAAAGCUUAUCUGUCUCUGGUCAAAGCUUUACUCCAAAGAAACAUCCCCAAAGACUUGUCUGUGUUUACAUUCUGGUUUACAUAGUUAUUUAUGUUCAAAAAAUAUCAAAAACUGUAAAUUAUUAUAUAAAUGUUCACAGUCCUAAUCAAAA